AUGGAUAACAAUAUUGAAGGUUCAUCAAAUUUAUCAUCUUCAAGCUCUGAUGAUGAUAACUAUGCAGAAAGUUUUGGUGCAAGGCAACAAUUGAUCGCUCAGGUGAUUUCUACCAAUAAUCAAAUUAUCUUGAAUUAUCUCAAUGAAGGAAACAACAAAAGCAUGCAUCGAGGCUCAAUUCCUGGUCAGAAGAUAAUCAAUUGUAAUCGUGAAGCUGCUGAUCGUAAUCUAUUCAAUGAUUAUUUCGCUGAAAAUGCAUUGUAUAAUGAUGCAAUGUUUCGAAGAAGAUUCAGAAUGGGACGGAAUUUAUUUAUGUGUAUCUGUGAUGUUGUUACUAAUCAUGACAACUAUUUUAUACAGAGAAGAGAUGGGCUUGGAAGACUUGGUUUGUCAAGCUUGCAAAAAAUAACAGCUGUAUUUCGGAUAUUGGCGUACGGUGUACCAGCAGAUGCUACUGAUGAGUACAUUAAAAUAGGGGAAUCAAUUGCUAUUGAAAGUAUGAAACGAUUUUGUCGUGCUGUUGUUGAAGUUUUUGGAGAGCAGUACCUACGAUCUCCAAAUGCUCACGAUGUUGCUAGGCUACUUCAUAUUGGUGAGCUAUGGGGUUUUCCAGGUAUUACAAUUUCUGCUCGUUAUGACAUUCAAGGAAAAGAGUACAAUAUGUGUUACUAUUUAGCUGAUGAUGAACGUGAUUUAAAUGCACUAAUCGUGGAACACUUUGAGAUGCCAACCCCAGAUGUUGAGCCCGCAGUAGAUGAUGACACUCAAUUUGAAGAGUUUCUAGCUCAAUACAGACAAAUCAAAGACAAAGAAGCUCAUAUUGCCCUUCGAAAUACAUUAAUUGAACAUUUAUGA